UAAAUUCAGUUGAUUUUCUUUGUUUGUUUCUUUCUUUUUUUCUCUCUCUUAUUAACAUGUCUAACAAAACCAUAUUGACUGAACAUGCUGUCGAUCCUAUUGUCAGCAUGAAUGAAGAAAGAGCCAAAGCCAAUUUUGAUGUUCGAUCCUUGACUUAUUUAAUGGACGGAGGAGAACGCAAUACAUUGUUAAACGAGAAAAUCAUGCUUGAAUUGGAGCGAGACUCUCUUUUCAAAAUGGACGAUAUACAUGACAUUUCAAAAGAAGAACUUCGUGAACGCACCAUGGAAAAAUUUCGCAGCAUGCUAUAUCAUCUUCAAAAUGAAUCUGUUGAAACAUUCAAGCGACGCAUGUCCAUUGUCAGUAUUGUUGAUCCUGGAUUCUGGACUCGAUUUGGUGUUCAUUAUGGUUUGUUUGUGGGUGCUUUACAGAGCAAUGCAACACCUGGCCAAUUAGGCUAUUGGUUUGAAAAAGGUGCACUUGGACUCAACCAUUUCAUUGGCUGCUUUGCCAUGACAGAACUCGGUCAUGGCUCCAAUGUACCUGGAUUAGAGACUACAGCUAUCUUUGAUGAAGCAGCAGAUCAGUUCAUUCUUCAUACACCUACUUUAACAGCCACAAAAUGGUGGAUUGGAGGUGCUGCUCAUUCAGCUACGCAUGCUGCUGUGUUUGCUCAAUUGAUUGUGCAUGGUAAACGAUAUGGUACAAAAUGCUUUGUGGUCGCCUUAAGAGAUCCCAAAACAUAUCAACUUUUGCCUGGUAUUACCAUUGGUGAUAUUGGUAAAAAAAUGGGAAGAGAUGGUAUUGAUAAUGGCUGGAUUCAAUUUACCCAUGUCAGGAUUCCUAGAGGCCAUAUGCUCCAAAAACAUACCAAAGUCUCUCGCACAGGCCAAGUCAAAGAACCUAAAUUACAACAAUUGACUUAUGGUGCUCUGCUACAAGGAAGAGUUACCAUGGUAGCCGACAGUGGCCAUUUCUCAAAAAAGGCACUUUCGAUUGCUAUACGUUAUGCUGCUGUUCGACGUCAGUUUGCCAGUUCACAUGCCAAUGGGAUUGAAACCAAACUCUUAGACUAUCCUAUCCAUCAACGCCGUCUGAUGCCUUUACUUGCCCAAACAUUUGCUAUGCUUUUUACGGGUACUGAAAUGACAGACAUGUACAAUAUCAUGAUGUCUCAUUUAGAUGGAGCAAAAGAAGGUGAUGAAGAUCUUGAAGGCGUGAUAGAGAUGCUGAAAGAAACGCAUGCCACCAGUGCUGGUCUCAAAGCCUUCUGUACCUGGCAUUGUCUUAACAUCAUUGAACAAUGCAGACAGUCCUGUGGGGGCCAUGGGUAUUCUGCCUAUACUGGGCUGGCUCAGAUGUACCAAGAUUUUGCUGUCCAAUGUACUUGGGAAGGAGACAAUACCAUCUUGACACUUCAACUGGGUCGUUAUUUAAUCAACAGUUACCGUGAAGCAUUGAGAGGCAAGCAACUUUCACCCGGUGUAGGCUAUUUGAAUCGUUUAGAUGAACUUUUGCAUACACAAUGUCAAGUCAACCAAUUGGAAGAUAUCUUAUCACCCGAGAUCAUCAUUGAAGGUUGGCAAGUGGUGUGUGCUCAUAGCGUAAGAAAGGCAGGCAUUGAAUUUGAAGCAUGUCUUGAACAAGGUAUGGAUAUAGAUGAUGCUUAUGAACACUGCUCUCAAUCCCGUCUUUAUGCUGCUAAACUUCAUUCGUUUGGUUAUCUUUUUCAUCGUUUUGCAGACGGUGUGUCUAAAACUUCUGGUGAUCUGUAUGAUAUCUUAAUUAAGGUCUGUUUGUUGUAUGGUCUGUAUUCCAUUGAAGAAAAUGCGGGUGCCUUUUUAGAGUAUCAAUACUUUACACCUCCUCAAAUUGAGUUUGUUCGUUCUUCUGUCAAUCGUUUAUGCAAACAAGUACGAGAUCAAGCAAUUCCAUUAGUGGAUGCAUUUAACUUGAGUGACUAUGUGAUCAACAGUCCUCUAGGCCGUCGUGAUGGUAAUGUCUAUGUGCAUUAUUUUGAUCAAGUCAAGCGCUCCAAUCCUCAAGGCCAACAUCCUUAUUUUGACCGACUCAUCAAGCCUUUGAUUCAAAGAGAGAUUGAAGGACUGGAUGAAGAUGAACAAGCAGGUUUAGAAUCAGAAUCAGAUGAAGAAUAAAAAUAAGUUUAUAA